UCUUCCUCACGGCGCAUGCGUCACCUGUCGGGCUUCGCUAGAGCUGGGAACAUGGCGGCUCUUGAGGCGUCGGUCUGUGAACGCGACGCGGUGGGAGCUGAGGCGGGCGGGGGGACGGAGCUUCAGCCAGGGACCCAUACGGAGACCCACCGCGACCCCGCCGGCUGCGCCAAGGCCGUCGCCAAGGUCUCGUCCGACCAGUUCCUGGUGAGCCCCUACCACACCCGCCGCAUCGGGAACCCUGAAGACCUGGUGGAGCUCGCUCAGCAGGUGCAGAAGGCUGAUGAAUUCAUCAGAGCAAAUGCUACAAACAAGCUGAUAGUUAUAGCUGAGCAAAUCCGGCAUUUGCAAACACAGGCCAGGAAGGUAUUGGAAGAUGCUCAAAGAGACGCUGAACUGCACCAUGCAGCUUGUAAUAUGGUGAAAAAACCUGGAAAUAUUUACUACCUCUAUAAAAGGGAUAAUGGACAGCAAUACUUUUCCAUCCUUUCACCAAAGGAAUGGGGGGCAAGUUGUCCACAUGAUUUUCUUGGUGCCUACAAGCUUCAACAUGACCUCUCCUGGACUCCAUUUGACAACAUUGGGAAGCAAGAUGCUGAACUCGGCAUCAUGGACAAACUUUUGAGCCAGCAAAUGGCCCUGCCUGAAUGUACAGAGCCCAAUUUCCAGGGCCUCACCUAGUGACCAUGGACAAUGCCAAAUAGAAUGUGGGCCUGGCUAUGCUCGUCUUCUUAGCUUCCCUACAUCCUACUUUGUAGGAGUUGUGAGAAGUGAGAUGUGAUGUACACAUAUGAGUAUCUUGGAUGAAGACCCCCUGUGUGAAUUGAAGUAUAUUUAUCAACUCCAUUUUGGGCUUCACACUCCCUACCUUCAGAGAAUCCCCAACUAAACAAACAUGGGCCAGUAACCAUUAUAACACAUCACAACUCAUCCAGAUAGACAAAAUCCAUCGCUGUAACUACACUAGAGACUUUAUAGGAAAGAUAGGAAAUGUCACUUCCUUAAAAAGUUUGUAGACUACUGUUUAUACACAAAGGAAUCCGUUUUGCCAUCUCUUUUAACUCAGGAAAUUUACAAAUGGGACUAAGGUCAAGCAAAAGGCUUGCUUUUCUGUUUCUAUAAGUGAUGCUACCCUGUUCCAGAGAAUUUUAGGCUCAGUCAUUGUCCAAGGUCUCAGGAAUAUGUGCUAUGCAGAAUGGCAGAUAGAGUAAUGGGGCUGAUCAGAGAAGUGAUUCUAGUUUCCUUAAAGGGGAUGUCUGGUCUGCAUUUUCCCUAGCUCCUGUGGUCUUCUCAUUUGGGUAGAAAAUUGAGACAAGAGCCCUCAGCUCCUAAUCAGUGUUUUAGGAUCAUAGAUUUAGAGCCAGAAGUGACCUUCAGAAACCAUUGAAUCCAUCCCCCUUCUUUUACAGUAAGAUGGAGGAGGAGAAUGAGAUGUUAAAUGACUUACUCAGACUCUGAGGCAGUAGUUGAACCUAUUUCCCCCAUGAAGCCAUACGCCUUAUGGAUGGAGAUAGUUAAAUUCAUGUUAGCUUGCUUUGGGGAAAAAAUCCAGGCUAAACCAUGAGAGUGAUAGUGUGGGUCCGUUUCAAUUCCAAAUAUCAUGAAAGGAAGAGUUAACAAGAGAAUGGAAAUGAGGACUUUGGAGUUCUGUUUGCAUAGAAUUUAUUUUGCUUUUUUCAAUAGAAUUCAGAAUAUCUAGCCUCCUAAUCUUCUGUACCAUGGACUCAUAAGACUGAAAGAUUGAAGGACCUAAGAAAUCAUCUAGUCCAUCCAUAUUUGUUUAUGGACAUAAGAAAACUAAGACUGGUAGUUUCAAGGUGAUCAAUAUCACAUAGAUAGCAAGGCCAGGUUUCCAAUACAAGUCCUCUGAUUUCCAGUCCAGUACAUUUGAUGUUAUAUCAAGCUUUCUCUUAUAGUAGUGAUAGUAAACAGCAAGGGAAAUUCCUGAAGUUGGGAGCAAAUUGCCAAUUGCCUUCACUUAUGUAUAGCCACAGAACAAAUUAUAUGAGUAAUUUAGAUAAACUGAAGUAUGCACAAACCUAGUGUUGAGUUAGGAUAUUUUUUUCAGAAUUAUCCAGUUAAUUGCCCUAAUUAGUUGUUUUCUUUUUCCCCAGAAAAAAAAAACAACAACAAAAACCAUGUUUUGUAAAUAGGAUUCUCCUAGAUUUAUCCCUAGCUAAAAGUUCCCAUCAGUCUAGUUUCAAUUUGUAUUCAUUCGGUAACUGUUAAGUGCCUACAAGGAGUAUAACCACAGGUAAACUUGAGUAUCAUCCUCUGUGAUAUAGUUUGCUGUGAAGAGAUUAAGCUGUAUUUUAACUACAGAACUGCCACAACUCCUUGGAGAAUAGCACCUAUACUCCUAAACAUCUUAGAGUUUAGGGUCUUUCCCACUUAGCUGGAUUGACCAAUGAAUCACAUAUGGCUAGUCAAAGUCUAACAAAUUCAUCUGGAUUUUUUGGUAAAAUUAAGGCAUACAAAUCAGAGUUGGAACUGGAAAUAAUGAAGAGGGAACCAUGGGGGAGAAUGAAAACAUGGGCAGAGAGCCAAAGUAGAGAGCAACAGCAUAGUGCUGUAGCUACCUUUGAACCUAGAUCCAGAAUCAAAUCUGCUGGAAGGACUUUAAAAAAAUAGUUCUGUUCAUCAGGCUCAGUUUCUGGGAACUCAAAGUGAAAGCAGAUAAUAGGAAGGGAGAGCUAGUUUUUAUUUAAGGAAAUGCACUGAGUUCUCAGUAUACAUUGACCAUUAUCUCCCUGCUCUGAGCAUUGUAAUAGGAAAAAUUAGAACAUCUGCACUUUCUAUUAUAACAUCCCCUUGCCUGGCUAUGCCUUUGUCUGAUUAACCUCUUGGGGUCUUUCUAUCUACUGCAAGAAUUUGACAUGGAACCAUUCAGAGAAAUUUGAUGUUUAUUAAGUGCUGAUUGUCUAGAGCACUGUGCUGGACUCUGGGAUAGAAGGAUUAGAUGGAGCCUUGCUCUCAGAAUUUAUUAUAAAGAGAAGAUAUUGCUAAAAUAAACAUUACAGUCAAAUUUAUUCCUAUUACUGAUGGAAGGGAGGGAAUUAAGAAAAAAAAAUAAACGAGCUAAGAAAAUUUAGGGAUGAUUUAGCCAGAUGAAAUGCACCUAAAAAGAGCUAAUUAAACUGAACUUAUUUGAAGGCUUGAAUCUGAUCAAAAUGGCUCUAAGGGGAAAGAAAACUUACCAACAUUUAGCCAAUAAGCUCGAUGAUAUAGAAAGUUCCUACAAGAAUAAUCUAUAGGAAACUGAGAAACUAUAAAACUGUUAGGCCUCAGAUGUCUACAUUUUUAUAUACCAUAGCUAAUAGGGAGAAUUAGAGAGCUUAAUACAAAAGGUAAAUUUGAUGUAGGUAUCACUGAGCUUUAGUGAAAUGAGGCUGGACUAGAAUUUGGCUUUGGAAGAAAAGGUGUACUUUUUCAGAAGGAAUUCCAAUGGGAGUAACCUUACAUAUAAAAAGGUAGAUGAGGAAAUCUAGGAACUCAAGGCUGAAAACAUGGCAGCAUUUUAGAAAGAGAAUCAGUGGAGGCUAAAAAAAUGCAAUAUAGACAAUAGACAAAAGAUGAGUUUGACUAUCAAUAGGCAUUAAAUGCUUCUGAUAUCCCUGAACCAUGUUAAAUGCUGAGAAGACCAAAAAAAAAAAGUUCACAUUCUGAUGGGGGCAAAAAAUAUAAUCGACAAGAUACCUAAAAGAGAAGUAAAUGGAAGUUAAUCUGAAGAGGAGGAGGAGGAAGGGAAAUCAGGAAGUGGGGUAGAGGGGAGGAGGAUUCCAAGUAUAGGAGAAAGCCAGUGCAAAUGUAGAGAUGAGCAAUGGAAAGUCCUUACUAUGUGUCAGGUCCUGUCCCAUUUUAUUGCAAAUAUUUCACUUGUCACAACAUCCCUAGCUUUAUAAUUUAUUAUAGCUAAGGAAACAGGGUCACAUGAUCAGUAUCUGGUGCUGGAUAAGAACUUGUGUCUUCCUGAUUCCAAAUGUGGCUCUCUAUCAAGGCACUUGACUGCCUCCAGACCAUUGAAGGUAGGUAGAUCAUAAGAGUCCAGGGAAGGAGAUAAAAUGGAAGAAGACUGCCCUGGUAGGAAAGGGCUAGGUUGUGAAGAACUUUAUAUUUGAUCCUGGAGGUGGUAGAAGAUGGUUUGGAGUGAGAAAAAUUGAGGUAGGGUGCCCAACUCGAAGAUUAUUGGCAAUAGUUGAAAGGAGUAAUGAACAUCCAACCUAUCGUAAUGCCUCUGAAAGUGGAGAGAAAGGGAUCUAUAGGAAGGAGAUUGUAAAGAUAAAAAGAUUCAGCAAUGGAUUGGAUAAGUGAGAUGUGGGUGAGAAGUUGAAAAUGACACCAAGGUUGUGAACCUGAGCAAUUAAUAGUAUUUAUAUAGCACUUAAAGGUUUGCAAAGCUUCUUAGAAAAUGCUGCAUUUUAUCCUUACAGUGACCCUGAGGGGAGGUGCUAUUACCCUUAUUUUAUAGGUGAAACAGGCAGAAAGCCACUUGUUCAGAGCUAUGCAGCUAUUAUGUUUUUGAGGUAGGAUUUUCAAUCUCUCCAGUCCAUGUGUACUAAUAUCCAUUAUGCCAUCUAGCUGAGUGACUGGGAGGAUGGUGGUACCCUUGACAAUAAUAGGGAACUUUGUGGGGAGGGAGGGAGGGGGAAGAUGUUUUGUUGGGACCAUUUAUGUUUGUAAAUAAGCAAUUCAUGUAUUUUAAGAGAGUUUUGAUAAAUGGCUAGCCCAGGAAAGAGACUAGGGCUGAAUAUAUCAUUUGGGAAUUAUCUUACAUAUAGAUGAUAAUUGAACCUAAAGAGCUGAUGAGCUUACUCAGACAAGGCCUAGUACAGAACAUUAGUUGAUAGUCAUGAUUUGGGGGGUUGAGGAGGAGGAACAUGACAUGGAUGAAGAACUAGCAAAUGAGAUUAAAGAAUGAUCAGAUAGAUGGAUGAUGAGGAAAGAACAUGAAAAUUCAGAGAAGAGAAUAUUAAAUAGGGAAAAGUCAUUAGCAGUGUCAAACAGUGAAGAAAAGUAAAGAUGAAGAUUUGGGAAAAGGACCAUUAUAUUUGGCAGAUCAUGGGUACCUUAGGAGCUGACAAUUGAUGUCAUCACUUGAAUGAUGAGGUCAAAUGCCAUACUGCAAGGGUUUAGAAAAGAGGAAAUGGAGGCAACUAGUACAGGUGGCUUUCUCAUGAAUUAGCAGGUUACAAACCUGGAUGGAAGGCACUUUGAUCAUGCAGAUGUCUGCUGGAGUGCUUUUUCUGCUGAAAGAAUUGACAAAAAUCUUGGCUUGUCUUAUUGUUUUCAUUAUUUAAAAGGAGUAGGAAGCCAAAAGGAAUUGGUAUUCUAGAUUUGAUUCUUUUCAAUAAGGAGGAACAGAUUAUUUAAAUAGAAAUGGUGGGCAUCUGAGGUGCAAAUGAUUAUUAUGGAAUUUAUGAACUAAGCAAAAUCUGUCAUGGACUCUAAACUGUGAGAAAAUAGAUUACAAAGUAUUAAUAGAAAAGUAAGGAAAAAUUCCACAUAGGAAAGGUGAACAACUGGUUAAGAAAAUUAUAUUUUAAUGUUUGGACACAGCUUAAAGUACAGGAAUGAUAGGCUUUUAGCCAGGCAGCCGAUAAGUGCUGAGUACUGGGGAUACAAAGAAAGACAAAAAGACAGUUUUGCCCUUAAAGAGCUCACAUUCCAAAAGGAAACUACCUAUCAAAAACUAGGUACAUAAAGAUAUGUACACAAUAGAUGGAAGGUACAGAGCGCAGCUUCUUAUACUUUUAUUAUUCACAACCCUUUUUUGCCCGAGUUUUUACACAAGCUUAGCUAUAUAAGUAUAUAAAUCAAAUAUUGAUAAUUCCCACAUUCAGUUACAAGACUUCAUAUGAAAUUAUACCCCAAAAUUUAAGAAGCUUUGAUAUAGAGUACAGAGCACCAUCUUGUCAAUCUGACCAUGAGAACUUCAAAAUGAAAAGGGCGAAAAAAGAAAAUUGCCCUCUAGAAAGACAUUUUGAAGAGAUGAUUCCAGUGAGGAA